CGACAGCUCUAAUUAACCACAAAGGUCGCCUCUGUCUACGUGAAACUAGUUUCGGCAAAAACCACCAGCGUCACUACUGUCUACGUGAAAUGGUUUCCGCUACUCGCUGCAUUCGACAAACAUCGUAGUGACAGUUCCUACAAGUUAGUUCUGCUGCUUGCCGCAUAUGACGCCACCGUCUAUGUAAACGCCGCCGUGUCAAUUCCUUAUCAAUCUAUUUUGGUAAACAAAAAACAAGCUAAAAAUGGAAAAAAUGAAUGAAAUACUGGAAAAACUUAACAAUAUACAAACUGAACUCAGCGAGCAAAAAGCAACGAUCGAAAACAAUGGAGCAAAAGUAACCGAGCAGGUAACGCAAAAUUUCAACAAAAUUCUCGAUGAAAAACUGGACCUAUUGGAGGGAAAAUAUGACCUUCUAAAGGAAACAGUGGAUACUCAGGAGAAAAGAUUAUAUAUCCUCGAAAAACAGUUCAGAGAAAGAAACUUAGUAUUUUUCGGAAUGGAUGAAAAUGAAAAAUCAUAUUUGGAACUAGAGAACAAGAUUAUUCAGUUUAUAGAAGAACACCUGGACCUUCAGCUGGGCUCCAAGGACAUUCAAGUAGUCAAACGACUAGGUAUAAAGAAGGACAGACCUCGUCCCAUAGUUGUAACCUUUACAACGCUCGGCACAAAGAUUAAAUUGCUCAAAAAUAAAAGAAUGCUCAAUGACACACAAUAUUACAUCAAGGAAGACUUUCCAAAAAAUAUCUUAGAGAAGAGGAGGGAGCUGCAGGAACAGUUAAAAAUUGAAAAAGACAAAGGUAACAAAGCUAUCAUAAAGUAUGAUAAACUAAUAAUACUCGGUCAAAAAACAGACGCUACCAACAGUAAAAAAAGAAACCUGUAUAUGUCACCAGAAAGCGACUCACAGAACAAACCUGACCACAUAGCACAAGCAGCAAAGAAAAACAAAACUCGUGCUACACAAUUACCGCCACACAAAAUAUCGAAUAGUUCAGAAGGAGUUGUAAAACCAGGAAUAUUAAAUUUUUUAAUAAACAAAAACACAAAUAGACUGGAAAAUAAAGACACAGAUCUAUAG